GGUCCCGGCAGGAGGUUGCUCGGCUCUGGCGGCGGGAAUUUGUGUGCACGGGGAGGAUUGCAGCUGCUGUCAGUGGGGGUGUGCAGCAGUUUGCUAUUAAAGAAGAUACUGAAUAUUUCCACGUUUAGGGCGAAGCAUGCAGGCGUUUCUGAAAGGGACCCCCAGCCUCGGUCCCAAACCGCAAAAAAGCAAACCCACCGCCGGGCCGAGCGGGGAGAAGAGACAGAAACCCGUCCCCUGGGUGGAGAAAUACAGACCGAAAUGUGUGGACGAUGUGGCCUUUCAGGAAGAGGUGGUUGCAGUACUGAAACGAUCGCUAGAGGGCGCUGAUCUUCCCAACCUUCUGUUCUAUGGCCCUCCAGGGACAGGGAAGACCUCCACAAUCCUGGCAGCUGCCAGGGAGCUAUACGGCCCAGAGCUCUUCCGACAGAGAGUGCUGGAGCUGAACGCCUCAGACGAGAGAGGAAUCCAGGUUAUCCGCGAGAAGGUGAAGAAUUUUGCGCAGCUGACAGUCGCUGGGACACGCACAGAUGGCAAGAUGUGCCCCCCAUUUAAAAUCAUUAUCCUGGAUGAGGCAGACUCCAUGACUGGCGCGGCGCAGGCAGCCCUCAGACGCACCAUGGAGAAGGAGUCGAAAACCACACGCUUUUGCCUCAUCUGUAACUACGUCAGCAGGAUCAUUGAGCCAUUGACAUCUCGAUGUUCCAAGUUUCGUUUUAAACCAUUAAGUGACAAGAUACAGGAGGAGCGACUGUUGGAAAUCUGUGAAAAGGAAAAUUUGAAAUGCACACAGGAGGGAAUUGCUGCUUUGGUCCAGGUGUCGGAAGGAGACCUCCGAAAAGCCAUCACCUUCCUCCAGAGCGCUGCCCGGCUCACUGCUGGGAAGGAGAUUACAGAGAGCAUCGUGACCGAGAUAGCAGGGGUUGUUCCCUGCAAGAUGAUCGACAGCCUAUUACAAACAUGUUACAACAGCACCUUUGAAAAAAUGGAAAGUUCUGUCAAGGACCUGAUAGACCAGGGAUUUGCGGCUACGCAAAUUCUCAACCAGCUUCAUGACUCCGUCUUCGAGGACGAGCGCCUGAACGACAAGCAGAAGUCGGCCAUCGCAGAAAAAAUGGCGGAAGUGGAUAAGUGCUUGGCUGAUGGCGCUGAUGAGUUCCUGCAGAUGAUCGCACUCUGCUCUGUUAUUAUGCAGCAGAGCUCCCAGAACAACUGAACGGAGCUACUGAAACUUCACAGGGAAUUGCAGACGUUUUCCCCUGAAAUUUAAACUUUGCCUCGGUAUAGAAAAUGCAUUCAUUUUGGUGCCCAAAUGAUCUGUAUGGAAAAAAGAGCAUUUAUUGUAUAUUUUUAAACGAUCACUUGUAAUAUUAAAACUAAGGAAAAAAUCUAGAA